UAUUUCGUCGCUGAAAUUAAGAGAAGAACAACGGAUAACGUUGUCCAAACGACAUCGAAUCCAACAAACGCACGUUGUUUGGUAAUCAAAACCACUUGUUUUGCAAGAAAAAAAAUGAAAAAAUCCAACCGCCACCACCACCACAUCCUCCUCCAUCUCCUCAUCAUAUCCUCCGUCCUCACCUCCGCCGUUGACGACAGUGCGGCGAUCCAGAAGAUAGCUUCGGGCUUCCGGAACGCUCCCAAAGGGUGGUCGUCCACCUCGACAGACAACUAUUGUUACUGGAUGGGCAUAAGUUGCGAUAAAUCCAACCGUGUCACUUCCAUCAGCUUGGCUUCCAAAUCGGUGGCCGGCACCCUCGCUCCGGAGAUCACCAACUUGUCGGAACUCCGGAGUGUAGCGCUUCAACGGAACUCAUUGUCCGGCAACAUCCCAUCUUUCGGCGACUUAUCGAACUUACAAAACAUUUUCCUUGGUUCCAAUGGCUUCACUUCAAUCACCCCCGACGCAUUCGCCGGAUUAUCAAGCAUUCAAACGUUGAGUAUGGACGACAACCCGAAUCUCCGUCCAUGGAGUUUCCCGAACGUAUCGGAAUUAACAACCAUUGUCGAGCUCGGAGUCGGCAACACCAACAUCCACGGCACCUUGCCCGAUAUCUUCGGAUCUUUAAGGAGUUUACAAAUCUUAAAAGCAUCCUACAACAAUUUGAACGGCACGUUACCAUCCUCUCUCGGUGGUUCAAUGAUCCAAAACUUAUGGAUCAACAAUCAAAACACCGGCUACGGUUUCACCGGCACAUUAGAUGUUUUGUCCAACAUGACAGAGUUGACUCAGGUUUGGGUUCAUGUCAACUCGUUCACCGGUCCGAUCCCGGAUUUGUCUAAAUGUAAAAGCCUAUUCGAUUUACAGAUUAGAGAUAACCAUUUGACAGGUCCAUUUCCGAAAUCGUUGCUUAAACUUUCGAGUUUGAAGAAUGUUUCAUUGGAUAAUAAUAAAUUGCAAGGUCCGUUCCCCAAGUUUGAUAUCACAGUUGUAAAAGCUCAAGUCAAUGGAAGCAACAAUUUCUGUAACACCAAUGGAGCUCCUUGUGAUCCUCAAGUUUCGACUUUGAUCGAAAUAGCCAGCGGUUUCGAGUACCCAGUUUUGCUUUCGGAUAGUUGGGAGGGGAAUGAUGCUUGUCAAAUGUCCUUCGUCACUUGUGAUUCACAAAAGACUGUGAUCACAGUGAAUCUUGCUAAAAAAGGUUUGUCCGGGAAGAUUUCGCCGGCGUUCGGGAACCUCAAGGCGUUGAAGAACAUGAAUUUGAAUGAUAAUAACUUAACCGGUCCGAUCCCUGAUAGUCUCACUAAGCUAGCCGAUUUGCAGCUUCUUGAUGUGUCGAAUAAUGACCUUAUCGGAGAAAUCCCGAUUUUUUCGGCUUCGGUGAAAUUCAUUUACUCUGGGAAUCAUUUACUCGGAAAACCUGUCGAUAAUUUGGGUUCCAGUAGUCCGAGUAGUUCCGGUGGAGGAGGAACUUCUUCAAGUGGUGCAGGCUCAGCUGGUAAUAGCACUACAUCGACUGAGGUUGUCAAAGGUAAAACUCUCAAGGCUUUGAUUAUAGGCCUAGCAGUUGGUGGAGUGGUUUUCCUUGCUAUAUUCUGCUUUGGUUCAUACAAAUUCAUCAUGAAAAAGAAAGAUGUGAAGCUUGGGAGGACGAAGAAGAACAUCGAUGAUCCUGAGAAAGGAGCGGUUAAGGUCGCAACUGGUGUCAGAAAGACCGACAGCGAGAACCAAAACCAAGCCACUACUGACCAAAAUCUAUUCGAUGGCGGAAACGUCGUGAUCUCGAUCGAAGUUCUCCGAGAAGUGACUAACAAUUUCAGUGAAGACAACAUAUUAGGCAAAGGAGGCUUUGGGGUAGUUUACAAAGGUGAAUUGCAUGAUGGUACACAGAUUGCAGUCAAGAGAAUGGCGUGUGUUAACAAAGGAACAAAGGGAUUGGAUGAGUUCCAAGCUGAAAUUGGAGUGCUUUCAAAGGUUAGGCAUAGGCAUUUGGUUGCUCUGUUAGGUUAUUGUAUCAAUGGCAAUGAGAGGCUCUUGGUAUACGAGCACAUGCCUCGCGGUACACUCAGCGAGCACCUCUUCCAAUGGCAAAAACAACAGGGCGGUUCGCCGCUCACAUGGAAGCAAAGGCUUGUCAUUUCUCUCGAUGUAGCGAGAGGGGUCGAGUAUCUGCACUCGUUGGCUAGACAGAGUUUCAUUCACAGAGAUUUGAAGCCUUCAAACAUACUCCUAGGAGAUGACAUGAGGGCUAAAGUUGCUGAUUUUGGUCUGGUUAGAAUUACACCAGACGGAAAACAAUCUUUGGAGACGAGAUUGGCCGGAACAUUCGGAUAUCUUGCUCCCGAAUAUGCUACAACCGGAAGGGUGACAACAAAGGUGGAUGUGUAUGCAUUCGGAGUGGUGUUAAUGGAGCUAAUCACAGGCCGAAAAUCUUUAGAUGAUACCUUACCUGAAGAAGAAUCACAUUUAGUGUCAUGGUUCCGCAGGGUGCUAAUCAACAAGAAUGAAGUCCUGAAAAAUGUGGACGAAACAAUCAAAUGCGACGAAGAAAACAACGGUGACAGAGAGACGAAGGCGAGCAUGUUGAAGGUAGCGAUGUUAGCCGGUCACUGCACGACUCGCGAUCCGUCACAGAGACCCGACAUGGGCCACGCGGUCAAUGUGCUGAGCCCUCUGGUUCAGCAAUGGAAACCAACGCACCAAGAGGAGAAUGAAACGGAAGGCAUUGACUUCGACUUGAGCCUUUCUCAAUCUCUAGAGAGAUGGCAAAUGAUGGAAGGGGAUUCGUCGUCGUUUGGUGAUACGUCACUUUACGGCACGCAGACGAGCAUAUCGGCGAGGGCAUCGGAACAGCAAUACAUAAUGAGCUCGAACGAUACCCGAUGA